UAGCAGGACUAAUACACAAUAUUCCUUAUUUACCCUUCUAUUUUGCUCUUACCUUUCAUCCGUUCAAAUUUUGAAUUGCAAAUCGCCAAAAUCUGCUGAAGAAACGGAAGGUCAAAUAGUAAUGGACGGAGCUGUGUCACGAGGCUUUAUCUGAUGUAAUUGACAACAAGCUCCGACAAACUCUCGCUGCAAGCCAAACACACUCUCUGUCUCUCUCAGCAUUUGCAGGGUAAGUUGAAUUAGUGUGGUUCUCAGAUCAGCACAUGGCGAGCCGUGUUUCUACGCCUGCAGUUCUGCUUCAAAUGAUGGAGGAUGUGCUCCACAAUCAUCAUCUUGACUUGGUGUCUGUAAUUUUGAUAUAUCUCUCCAACAAGAGACAAGGUCGACGGAUUGGACAUAGAAACAUACGGGCGGCAUAUGGACAUCUUAUGAGGAUCCCCGAGCAGGUCAGACGCAUUAAUCGGCUGGUUGGGGGACUGAUGUGUCAUGUUUGGAUAAUCUUCGUAUGGAUAGAAAUGCCUUCGGUAGAUUAUGCCAAAUUAUUAAGCAGUCAGGGGAUUUAGUGGAUGGAAAAUUUGUGACUGUCGAGGAACAAGUCGCCAUGUUCUUGGGGAUUCUUGCACACCACAAGAAGAAUCGUGUCAUACGGUUCGAUUUCUGGAGGUCUUCAUACACAGUGUCACGCUAUGUACACUGCGUUUUACGAGCCAUUCUCCGCAUGCAGGGCAUACUAAUGGUCCACCCAAUACCCAUUCCGGAUGACUGCGACGACAAUAGAUGGAAGUGGUUUAAGGGCUGUCUAGGGGAACUAGAUGGGACCUACAUCAAUGUUCAAGUAGCAAAUGAUGCGAAGCCAAGAUACCGUUCGAGGAAAGGCCAAAUUUGCACAAACACAUUAGCAGUGUGCGAUCAAUAUCUGAACUUUGUAUAUGUGCUCCCGGGGUGGGAAGGGUCUGCAGGGCAUUACUAUCUAUGCGAUAACGGUUAUGCAAAUUCUGAGGGAUUUCUUACCCCUUACAAAGGUGUGCGUUAUCAUCUGAAGGAAUGGGGACCUGGAACUGAGGCUCCACAAAAUCCUCGUGAAUUGUUCAAUUUGCAUCACACACGUGCACGUAAUGUUAUAGAACGUGCUUUUGCAGUGAUCAAGAUGCGGUGGUGCAUUCUCAGAAGGGCAUCAUAUUACACUGUGAAGACUCAAAUUAGACUAAUUAUGGCAUGCUUUUUAUUACAUAACUAUGUUAGAUCCGCCAUGCCUGUCGAUCCUAUUGAAUUGGAGAUGAAUGGAGGGGAGGGGAGGGCAGAAAUUAUAGAUGAAGGUGUUAACACUGAAUUCGUUGAUGGAGUCGAACCAUAAACAGAAUGGAAUGCGAUGCGGGACACUUUGGCUGAAUCAAUGUGUCAUGCCAUUUAAAUGCAAAUAAAUGAUUCUCAAAACUUGAUGUGCUCUUCCUAAUCUUGUGAUUUGUUUCAUGCUUGAUAUAUCCAGUACCAAGAGCAUGGCUACUGAGAUUGAGAAGCUGAUUUAUGGAGAGCAAUGAAUGCAAAUACACUUGGAUUGGAAUCAUGGAAGCAUUCAUAGUUAUCUUCUUUUUGGGAAGUUUGUUUUGUACUAGUCAAGCAAAAGCACUUUAGCAUAAUGCAGACUCUAGUGUUUAACUAAUGUGUAUGCUUAGAUUAUCUUAACUUCCAAAUAGAGACAUAUAUUAAGCUUUGUAUUUUGUAGUUGCAAUUUCUCUUUUGGGUUAUAAAGAUUUGUUUUGAAUUGGA